CGCACACGGCACCGCAUGGACAGAAGAGACACAAAAUGACUAAUCAAACAGCCCCGGAAUGGGUGAAUAAACAGCUUUUUAAUGGUUUGCUGGAACAGACCCACGACAAUUUCAAGGCAAUAACUAAUUUUGCCACCAAAGCGGCCAUCAGCGAGGGGGAAAACUACCUUACGAUCGUGCUGCGUAUUCAAAUAGGAAUGCAACUGCAAGAUGAUAGCGAAAAGGAGGUCAGCUAUAUACUGAAGAUACCGCUGGUCAACGAGAGUGGGGAUGAUGAGUUUCACGAUUUGUUCAUAGCGGAAUUUGAGAUGUACGAUCGUGUAAUACCGGAACUGGAGGCCCUCUAUGCUAGCAAUACUUCACUCUCACCCAGCUUUAAGCCAUUGCACAUGAAGUUCCCAGAAAUGACAACCAAAUGCGACUAUAUCCUCUUGGAAGAUUUACGCACUAGGGGCUACAAGAAUGCUGAGAGGACUGUGGGUCUGGAACAGUUUGAAGUUGAGGCAGUUCUCAAGAAAUUGGCCCAGUGGCAUGCCGCCUCUGCCAAGAGAGUCACUGAUCUGGGAGAAUACGAGCAGGGUCUCAGGGAAAGCUACUUUACGCCCGAGCAUCUGAAGCUGAUUGAAGGAUUCAACAUGAGUUUUACCGUCCCUUUUCUGGACUGCAUGCAGAAGUAUGGUCUUGAGCCGGGUCAUCUUCUUCUGAUAAGCGACUACACUUCCCGCCUGACAGAUCUCUAUAUGGAGUUUGGAGCCAACGAUCCUGAAGAGCUGAAUGUUCUUAAUCAUGGAGAUUUCUGGUGCAACAAUUUCAUGUUCAAGUACAAAGAGUCUGGGGAAGUAGAGGAUGUGUGCUUUGUGGACUUUCAGCUGCCUAAAUAUGGGACACCUGCACAAGACCUAUUCUGUCUGCUUAUAACCUCGCCAAAGUUCGACAUCAAACUAAAGAAGUUUGAUUAUUUUAUAGAGUAUUAUUAUCGGCAACUGGUGGAACACCUUGCUCUUCUGAAAUACAAUCAAAACGCACCAACAUUGUCGCAGCUUCGAGAUAACCUUUACAAAAACAGUCUCUGGGCGUUCAUAUGUGCCCAGAGGAUGCUGCCCAUAGUUCUGAUGCCUCCCGACGUGGGCUCAAAUAUUGGCAAUGUCAUGGGCGACUCGGAAGAGGCGUCUGCAUUCAAGCGUAAGAUGUUUCAGUCGCCAGCAUACGUGGAGCAAAUCAAAGCCAUUUUGCCCUGGCUCAUUCAACGCUCGUUUAUAAGAUGAGCGGGUGAUUGCAAUGGCAAACAGGUUUAGACCCGACAACUCUCAAAGUAUUUAAAGUAUUAUAAUAAAUUUCAUUCGACACAAGGCAAGCUUUCUUA